AUGGUCUUCGGCGAACUUUCACCAUCCCCUUCAUAUGUUGCGCGGAAGUCAGACCAAUCACCACCUACAGAGACUCGACGCAGGGCGUCCACAGCACAUACCUCGAAACGCCGCCCAUCUACAGACUCAGAGAGUGGACCGCAGAUAGCGCCAAAUCAAUCACCUACUCGUCCAUCUCAAUCUGCCAAUUCAUAUCAGACUCCAUCAACUGCAGCCUUGAAACGGCCUCAAGAUGCAUCACCUGACGUCUUUGACGCCACCAUACCACAGAAACGUACAUGCACUUCAAACAAAAAGACUGCACAUGCUUCUGGGCAGCGAGCCGAUAGUGAAGAAAUCUAUUCCCGACCCAAGACACAAGAGACGGCCAGAUUGACACAUGCCAAACUAUGCAAUCGAAUCAGGACCAAGCUGAGCGAUGACGAUCGAAUCAAAGGCGUCAUAUAUGUUUUCCGGCAUCCAACCAGUGAUGGGUCUGUCUGGAAAAUCGGCACCACCAAGCGCUUGUACAUUGAACGAUUCGACGAACACAAGAGCUGUUGCAAAUUUGAACCAGACCCUUUUCACGUGUCGGCCCAAGAGAUUCAAAACUGCAAUCUCCUAGAAAAGCUUAUACAUAUGGAUUUGUGUUAUCAGGUCAGGUAUCGCUCUUGUACCAACAGGACAAAGGGACAUGACGAGUGGUUUGAAGUUUCGGAAUAUAUGGCGGUCGAGACAGUGAAGAAGUGGGAGCGUUUUAUACACGAAGGGAAGCCGUAUGAUUCACAAGGCAAUCUCAACGUCGUAUGGAGUUAUGUGCUUGAGCAACGGUCCCCAGCGGCUCUCAAUGUACGCGACAUGUCUCACGACGCUCGACACGAGCAGUGGGCUGAUAUACUUGCGCCCCCAACAUACAGCGACUACGUCUAUGCCUACUCAGCAUACGCACGUUCUGAACUCAAAGCCACCUACGAUUGGGUGUACAUGUUCUUCUGGCAACUCUUGACAAUACUGUAUAGCUUGCAUGCGCUCGCAUUGUGUAGGAACCGCCCGGCGUUUUAUGCGCUUGUUUUUGUGCUUGGAUGCGCUGUGUUGCCGAGCUUUCGGCUUCAAUCCACUGAGAAGCAAAAGGUGAGAUCGCCCAAGAAAAAGGCGUGA